ACCGGUGUGGAUGUGGAUCCUCGGCAUCGGCUCCCUGGUUAGCGCGCCCUGCCGCCGUGUGUGAUCUUUCUCUCUGUGGCUUUUUUUUAUUUAACCCACUCCCGUCCGCAAAAAUAUUCAAACCCUUAACGGUGGUCAGCCACCGCGUUUUGUGUGUGUGUGUGUGUGUGGGUGGUUUGUUUACGGUUGAGCAAACUCAAUUUCCUUACUUGAUCGAAUUUUCCACCAACCUGAUGGAUGCGCCUGGUGUUUUGUGCCGACGCAAAGUGAAGGACGGGCGCGUGCUCUCUCUCUCUCUCCAUAAUUAAAGUGAUACGGUUUCUCCUCUCGGUGCAGUGAAUUAAAAGUGGUUUUCCCCCUGCACUACACCCUGCACUUCGCCUACCCCAACCGACUCUUCUCGGGCGACAAGAACCCAAUGGUUCCGCCGGAUUUUGGCACUGCUGGCGAUGGCAAGCGCCUCCAGCCCCUGUCCGGCCCCAUGCUCUGUAGACCCGCUGGGUCCCGUGUGUCGUUGUUGCGUUGAUGUGAGUGAGUGAGUGAGCGUGCGAUUGAGAAACAGAGGCCAAUUCUGCAAUCAAACAUUUCACCGUAUUUGCAUACGGCAAGAGACGGCAAGAGCAGCUUUAAGAGCCGACCAUCAGCAACUACUACCGACAGCCGCUUCAAUCAGCCCCUUCCACUCGUCCCCGCAGCCCGCCCUACAGAGCCGAGCUUCUUCGCUGGGCCGGCGGCGUUUGGCUUCGUUAGUUCGAUUGUUUCCCUUCGGACGGGAUUUUGCCCGAUAAGAGCCCCAUUUACAGAAAUCAACUCAACAAAAGGCGUGUGCAGAACCAAAACAAAAACACAAGCAGAUAUCUCCAGAGCUUGAUUCCCAUUGCCAGUAGCAUGGUGUUGACGGUGAUGCGAUGGGAAUGAUUUAGUAGCGCUGACUCUACUGCGUGUGUGUGUGUGCAUUUCUACAAGGCUUUUUGCCAGUGCGAAGAUAACCGUUUCCUACCCCCCGACUCUCUCUCUCUCUCUCUUUGUCCGCUUUCCUGGCAAGAGCAACAUGAUAUCGCAAGCGAUCCAGUACGCGGACUAUUUCGCCCGCGCCAUGCGCAACGAGUCGGCCGCCCCGGGCGGCGGUGUGUACAGCACGGGGCCCGCCGGCAACGGCACCGGCAGCGGUGGGUUCGGCGCCCUGGCCGGCAGCAACGCGUCCAGUGCUGGGUCGGCCGCCGGGCCGGAACUGUUCGACAUGUACGCCCGCAACUACCCGUACGUGUCGUCGACCGAGGAGCAGAACUACAUCGAGCAGCUGAGCGACAGCCUGCGCAACCAGUCGCAGGCCGGCAACCGGAGCUACGGUGCGGCCGGGGGCGUCGGCGGCCCCGGCGGCUACGACUACGGCGUCGGCUUCGACCCGAUCCCGCUCGCCGAGUGCAGCAACGCGUACUCGGCCGGGCCGUACUUUCAGCUCACCAGCUACUUCCUGUACAUCACCAUCUUCGUGACGGCGGUGAUCGGCAACUCGAUCGUGCUGUUCAUCGUCCAGUCGAACCCGCGCAUGCGCACGGUGACCAACUUCUUCAUCACGAACCUGGCGGUGGGCGACCUGAUGAUGACGCUGUUCUGCGUGCCGUUCACCUUCAUCUCGCUGUUCGUGCUGCAGUACUGGCCGUUCGGGCUGGCCAUGUGCCGGCUGGUGAACUACACCCAGGCGGUGUCGGUGCUGGUGAGCGCCUACACGCUCGUCGCGAUCAGUGGCGACCGGUACAUUGCGAUCAUGUGGCCGCUGCGGCCCCGCAUCACCAAGACCUGCUCCAAGUGCUUGAUCGGCAUCGUGUGGAUCAUCGCACUGAUUACGGCCGUCCCGAUUGCCAUCUUCUCGACGCUCUACUUCCCGACCGAUUGGCACGUGCAGUGUAACGUGCCAAUCUGUGCGGAAAAGUGGCCGUCGCCGGAGCAGGACGACUACUACACCAUCGCGCUGCUCACCACCCAGUUCAUCGUGCCGCUCGUCGUGCUGAUCUUCACCUACACGCGCAUCGCGAUCGUGGUGUGGGGCAAGCGGCCGCCCGGCGAGGCGGAAAACUCGCGCGACCAGCGGAUGGCCAAAUCGAAGCGCAAGAUGAUCAAGAUGAUGGUGACCGUGGUAAUCGUGUUCACCAUCUGCUGGCUGCCGUUCAACUUCCUAAUGCUGAUGAAGCUCCCGUCCUCGUGGGACCUGCUGCCGUACUUCUGGUUCGCCUUCCACUGGCUCGCGAUGUCGCACAGCUGCUACAACCCGAUCAUCUACUGCUACAUGAACGCCCGGUUCCGCAGCGGCUUCAUCCUGGUGCUGCACGGUGUGCCCGGGCUGCAGCAGCUCUGCUGCUGCAUCCGCCACACCCCGCCAGCGAUCGCGCGCAACGUCGGCUCCAGCGUGGCCCUCGCCGGUGAGAUGAAUGGCCUGUACGGUGCGAGCGCACUGCGAAGAAAGGCGGGCGUGCGAGAAUCGAUGAAGUAUCGCAUCUGCAUCGAGUUAACACAUGCACCACAUACAUAAGCACCAGAAGGAAACCGACCCACAAUGUGCAGGUCCAGUCGACCGAGACGUCGCUGUUGCGGUGAUACCAGCAGAGCUACGACUAGAGCGGACCGUACACCGGCGGUGCGGCCGGUGGCAAGCGGACCCAGUUCCAGUGUCGGCCAGCAAACGGGGGCGGCGGCGUGCGGGGAUGCGCCAGCGACGGUGCCGGGCGGCGGAAGCGACCGUGUGCGCCGAACGGGUGCGACCACCACCAGCAGGAGCGCAUCGAGCUGAUCAUUCUGGAGACGAACGAGGAGACGACGGUGGCAGCUUCGGACGAGGUGCGGACGACGGCACUGCAGCAGCAGGUAUCAGCGGACGAAGAUGGUGGUGGUGGUGAUGAGGCAACCGUUGCACCCAGUAGCAAUGGCGUUGGCGAGUAAGAUUAGGACGGCGCUAAAUAGGAGAAGAAAGGGGGGAGAAAACAACCAUUUUAGCACUUGCGCAACCAUUUUUCCCGCGAAAAAAAAACAAGAAUAAAAUAAAAGAAAAACAUUUGGGUCAGGGGUUUGGGGCUAUAUAGCUGUAGGGGGAGCUGAAGGGAGCAGAAAUCAAUUUAAAUAUAUUCACCUUCACACGCUGUUGUGCUGCGUUGGCUGCUGCGACGACGACGAGUUUUUGACGCUCCAAAUUCCUGCUCCUCCAAAUCCAAUUCAUCCGUCCGCAUCCAGUCGCAUCCAACCAUGAAUCAUUGGCGCCGUACUACCCAUCCUUCCAAACCACACAGACACUACUAGAUUGGUUACUGGAAAGCCCUGUCGCCCCGGUUAAAAAGGACAAGCCCCAAUCAAUCAAUGGCCCACGACGUGUGAGCGCGCGUGUGUUAUUUCCUUAUCCUUCGGCCGGCACACCGACACCCGAAGUAAGAACGGAAUUUAAAAAAAAAGUAAAUAAAAAGCAAACUCGACCCAUCACACAUCGAUAAAAUGGAAACAGUGGUUGUGGGGGUCGCCCGUAGGUGAGAUGGAUGAAACGUGUUUUUCGGUGUAGCUGGUUUGUUAGGCCACCCGUAGGAAAAUGUAAUUAAAGCCAGAAUGGCAGCGAGCAAAUACUGAUUGUCCUACCGCCCAUCCACUCUCACCCAUCGCCCUCUUCUCUACACGAGCCAUUUUGUGUUGUUGUUUCGGUUUUCAAACAGCGCUACAGCGCUCCGGCGGCAAAGCGUUUGCUCCCGCAGGCGAGCGAAUGAUAAAUCCUGUUACUAAGAUAGUGUAGGCAUAAGUAGUGAGAAACAAAAACAAAAAAAAACCGUGUCCCCAAUAUAUGAGCGAUUCGAUCUAUCCUGCAGCUGCUACACCCCACCCCCGUAGCCCCAGUCACGAACCCAAAUGAGCACGCAUUCUAGUUGGAAUUCAAAUUGGAAUGCCCGCACAAAGUGCGCUCAUCCGAAAAUUUGGGCACGGGGGAAAACAGAUACCUAUAUACCAUCUAUAUAUACAUAUAUAUAUACUAUUCAUAUUGGCGGUGUAAGUGUGUUUAAAAAAACCCCAACCAACAGCAACAGUACGAACCCGGAGGAAUGUAACAUUAUAUGGAACUAAUAAAAUUAUUUUAUAUGUCUCUCUAUCGAA